AAAUCAAGCGCUCCAGUUUCCUGGCGGAGAAGAUGGCGGCUCCUGGACCGGGGGAGUAUUUCAGUGUCGGGAGCCAUGUCUCCUGCCUCACCUGCUUGGGGCAGCAAUUGCAAGGAGAGGUCGUUGCCUUUGACUAUCAGUCCAAGAUGUUGACUUUGAAAUGCGCCCCCUCCAGUGGAAAGGCAAACGUCAGCGACGUGGUUCUGAUUAACUUAGCCUACGUGUCUGAGGUGGACAUCAUUAAUGACCGCACUGAAACUCCUCCUCCACUAGCAUCUCUGAAUGUCAGCAAGCUUGCCAACAGAGCACGGUCGGAAAAGGAAGACAAGUUAUCCCAAGCAUAUGCAAUUAGUGCUGGAGUCUCUGUGGAGGGCCAACAGCUAUUCCAGACUAUACAUAAAACCAUCAAAGACUGCAAAUGGCAGGAGAAAAACAUCAUGGUGAUGGACGACGUGGUCAUAUCCCCACCUUACCAGGUGGAGAACUGCAAAGGCAAAGAGGGUAGUGCUUUAAGUCACGUACGCAAAAUAGUGGAGAAACAUUUUAGAGAUGUGGAGAGCCAGAAGUCAGUGCAACGGCCACAAGCACAGCAAACACAGAAAGACUCCACUUUAUCAUCUUGAGCCGGAGGUUCAGUCCGGAUAGGGUGUGUGGGAGGGGGAAUUGGUUGGGGGAGGUCACAACGACAAAGGAAGUUUUGGUUUGUUCUUUUGUCUUCCCCUCUCUUCAACAUCAGACCAAGGCCAGUGUUCCCCGCCAGUGUUCCCCCGCCCCCACACACACCUCCAUCAUAGGUGUCCAACAUUUUGAACAGAACAAAAGGGGGUCCCAACCGAGAGGGAAAUAUCCAGUUCAUUUUUAAAGAUAAUCUAACAAAAGUAAUCUCAAUUUGCCACCAUUCCCCACCCACACUCCUCUUCUUGACCUCUUACCUUCCCUUCUGUUUCUUCUCUCCUCCUGCCAUCAAGCCUGCUCCUCACUUCCAUUUCACAGAGAAAAGUUACUUGAUUUCUGUUCAUUGGUUGAUCUAUUUUCUAGUCAUUUUUCGUAAAUUUCAAGAGUAGAAAUUUAUGGUAAGAGAUAAAGGACCUUUUCUAAUAUUGAAAUACUGUUUUGACAAGAAAACAAAUUUUAAUAGCUUUCUUGAAAGCACAUGGUUAUUUUUUUAACAGCUGACUUAAAGGAUGCCAAUCGUGACGCCGUGUGAAUGGGAUGAAUGGGAACUCUCAAUCUUACAAACAUGCACCCAGUAGGUUAUUGAAAUUGCCGUUUUCCCUCAACUGGGGAAACACUCAAAUUGUGUUAACAUUAUUAAUCUGACAUAAAAAUAGUUGAAAUAGCUCCCCCAAAUUGUCCUUUCAUUAAAAAAAAUACAAGUUGUGAACACCCAUUUGGUUCUAGUAGCUUGACAUAUUUUCAUGAAAUGCUUUCCUUUUUCCAAAGACAUUACUGUCCACUUUUACCCAUAAGCUCUUGCUGCAUGGUCCCACCUGAACUAAAUUUGCUCUGUUUUUCUGUCUAUAGUUUUAAGUCUGGAAGCUAAAGAUGUGUUAUUUUAGAGUAGAGGCUGGGCUGUUUUCCUCUUCCCUUUCAUCCUUGUCCCUCAUGGUCUUUGAUUCUACAAUACAGUACCUCUUCCACGAUGGGACCACAUUGAAAUCCAG